AUGUGUCUCUUCCAUAUCCUCGACUGCUCCGCGAGCAACGCAUCUGAACUACGCCGUAUGCUUACGCGACCUUCUCCAGAGAUCAUCGCCGCCGGUUUGGUCCGGUGCAAGUGGCACCAGGCCAUCACGAGAAGAAGCAACGCAGACGCAAAGUUCCAGGAUCCGGGUGCCCUGUGUCCUUACGUGGUGGUGCGCCACGACCAAGUGCCCCUCCCCGCAGAUCAAGUCAAGGAUCUCGUCGAAGCCGUGUACUUGGGGCGUACUUCCCGACCGCGAGGCUGUCGAAAAUGUGAGGAAACCAUUACUAACAGGAAGAUGUUGGGCCCGAUCCCGACAAGCGCGGAGAAGGCGGACUAUCUUACAGCCUUACGGGAAGUAGAAGCGACUUUAUCAUCUCCGGCGUUGGCUGGUGGUGCGGCGGCCCCUGGCAAGAGGAGGAUCGGGAGCCUGAACGUGAGCGACGACGCAGGUUUGCUCGGACUUGCUACUCAAGGGCUGCACUCGUCUACACAGCGGUCUCAGGGCAGUGGGGUUUCCAACGCACUGCAGAGACGGAAGGAGGAGCUGGGCAUCGCAAUGUCGACGCACUUGAGUAUAGUCGCACGGCGUUCUCGGUCACGUCAGGCGGUGCACCUCCCUCCGGAGAAAAAAGGAGGUCCUACUGGCCAGUCCCAGAAACAAGGCAAAGAGAAGGAAUCUCGUGUCAUGGGUCAACAACCCGGACUAAACACACAGCGUCACAAUUACAUUGAUCUAACGGCGAGUUCCACAAUCACUCCAUCGAGAUCGCAGACCGAGCCGGCAGUGUUAUCGAUGUCGGCGACGGCAGAACAUAGAGAGAAGAACAUCAAAGAACACGUCGCCGACGCCUUCACACGUCUGGACCAUGCUGCCGCCCAACAAAAGGACGGUACUCCUACGCAUGGUACCGUCGGGACUCAACAAGACGCUGGAGAGUUCGGCAUAGAAAUCCUGCGCGCCGUCCGCGACGGCUCCUUCCAGGCCGCCGUGGAGGAACACGUCUCCCGUCAACAUUGGGCCAUUGAUGCGCCUACCGCGUCUGCGAGCUCCUCGUCUAAAGUGGGAGGUGGAGGCGGAGGCGGUCGGACAGGCACAGGGAAAGUAGACAUGCUCAUCGACAGCGUCAGGAUGUUGCGCGCCGAGAAGGCUGGCCUGAUCGACCGCGUCGCCGGUCUUUUGGACGAGAAGGCCGCGUCCGUGGAGAGGGAGGCCGUGUUGUUGAGGAGAGUCGCCGAGCUGGAGCGCUUGGUACAGGGACAGGUGAACGAUAGCGUGAAAGGAAAAGAGAAAGAGAAGGGAGCGAUUUGGCCGUCGCCGUCGCCUCAGGCUCCCUAG